CUUUUUCUCUUUCUUUUUCCGUUCAUGAAUUCAAUGACUUGUGUUGUGUUUAUCUUCUUCUUUGCUAAUUCUAGGUUUCUUUCAAGAUUAUGUAUGUUUUAGUGUUGUAUGUUGUUCAAAGCUUAGACUUUUUUUAUGAGGAGUUUGAUGGAAACUAAUGAAAGAUUAUUGCUUUGAAAGGGUGUUAUAUGAUCUUUUUGCUUUUUUGUCAAUUGGGCACAUUGGUUAACUCUGGUUUUAUGUUUACUCCGCGUUUAGACCGGCGGGGUGACAUUGGAUAACUAGUUUGUUUUGAUUGAAGGAGGAUAGAGUUUAGGAGAAAUCUGUGAGGAUUUUGGGGAAUCAUUAAGUGAUUGUUCCAAAUACUGAACUUUUUAGUUUUAGUUAGGCUUACGAUAUUCAUGAAGAUAAAGCUGAACAAUAUGGAGAAUGUUAUACCCCUUUUGACUAUACAUAGUUGGCAAAGAUUAUGAGUGCUAUAUGUAUGUGGGAUGAAAAGAAAUCGAAAAUCUGGAAACGGUAAUUUCAUGGAAAAUAAUAUGAAAGGAGGAAAUGAAAAGGCUAAGAUACAGAGAGAAAAUACAAAAUGCAACUUAUCUAAUGAUGAAAUUCUCAUAUAUUCUUUAAAAAAUCUAAUCUUGAAAUUGGGAUCUAUUCCAGGAGGUAUAUAUUAAGGAUGUCAACCUCAAUGCAUUGUCCCUGUUCUAAUGGGUCAUAAUUGUGACCUCUUUACUAAUUAGGAUGGGUAUAAAGAAAUGCAUUUUCUUGAUUUGAGAUCAAUGGACCCGUGCCUUAUUAAGAUGGAUCCGGAAAUAGUAUAUAGUAGUUACGUGGCUUUCAUAUGUUAUGGAUGAUAAUAUUGUGGAGUCACUCAACUUGCUGACUUCAUUUUUGAAGUAUUAUGUUCUGUGUUUACACUUUCUGAAUGUUGUUUAUCCUAUAAGGAAUGAUGUUAUCAGGCCUUGUGUUCAUAAAACUGCUUCUUGGUUUUAGGUACCAACACAUGGGGCAGAUUUGAAUUUACAGUGAAACUUAUUUUGUUUUAUCAGUUUCUGUUUUAGAAUUUUUUUUUUCCAGAAAAAACUAUUGAAUAUAUUCUAAAAAUUAGUACAGUUAGUUCAGUUCAAUUUAUAUUAUAAUUCAUGGCAAUUUAGACCAGUUUAGUAUACUGCAGUUUCAUAAAGCAAAUUAUAGUUCAUUUCAUCUGAAUUACUUUUUAGUUCAGUUCCGAUAAACUAGUUUUUAGUUUAGUGUAGUUUUUAACAAUACAGUCCAGUACAGUUUAUUUUGUCCACCCGUAGCCAUAUGUUAAACUCCUACUCGUGGUUGAACCUGCUCAGGAUAAGAAAAGAUUUUUUGUUACUUUUUUCACAGUUUAAAACCCCGAAGAUCAUCAGAUCAAUUUAAUUGCAUGCUGGUUUUGCCUCACACUAAGAAGCUUGAUGGAUAAAUGCAGAAUCAUCAUAAGAUAUUUUCUCUAUUUCCUGUCGAUAAGGUGCACUUGGCGAACACCCUAGUUCCAAGCCGCCAAUGCUUUCGGCCCUCACCCUAUCCUAGUGCUAGCUACCUGCUGAGUUUCACCUCAGGGACCUUUUAUUCCAACCGAGUCACAUCAGCCAUGACUUCUUCUUGCCCAGGAAUUGAUCCUCUUCCCUCCGAGUUCCGCUUCUUCAAGAUUAUUGUGGAUACUACUCUCCAAAAGGGAAAAAUUAUGAUUCCAAAGGAGUUCACUCGGAAAUAUGGUGGUAGAUUGUUAAACCCUUUGUUUCUCAAGGUUCCCGAUGGCAUUGAAUGGGAACUAUGUUGGACUAAAGACGGUACUGGUAAUGUUUGGUUGGAAAAGGGAUGGAAGGAAUUUGCCACUUAUUACUCCCUUGGCUACGGUCAUCUUGUGACGUUCAAAUACCAACAAACAUGUACAUUAGAGGUACACAUAUACAAUACAUGUGCCGUAGAAAUAAAUUAUCCCUCCAACAACACUCAAAACAGUUCUAGUAAUGUUUUGUUUGAGGUAGCUCCAACAUCACCAUCUCUUCCUGGGCUUUCUAAGAAACCAAGGAAACACCCAAUUGGGCCAGGCUCCAGUUUACCUCAGCACGUCCAAGUUAAAGUUGAUCUGCUUCAAGAGAAUAGUGGUGCAACCAGAUCUGAAACUCCUUCUUUUAUGGUUACCCUGAAGGAUACAAACGUGAAUGGAUAUAUUUUGGUCAUUCCGUCCAUCUUUACUAAAAAGUAUUUGAAGGAAACCGGCAAACAAGAUAUCCUCCUUCAAGUCUUGGAUGGGAGAACUUGGCACGUUACAUUAAAGAAUGGCAAAUUUUUCAAGGGAUGGAGGGCUUUUGUAUCACAUAACUAUUUGAAUGUUGGGGAUGUUUGCAUUUUUGAGCUAACCGAGAGCCAAGCUCCAUGUUUUAAAGUGUCAAUAAUUCCAAUUUCACAAGAUAAAUGUUCGAGUUCACAAGAUAGAGAAUAUGUUGACCUUACGAAAAUCCAAGACUUUAGAUGUAUUGAUACUUUUUCCAUCAAAGCUAUGCAAGAAGCAGCAAAGUUCACGUCCGUAAAUCCUUUUUUCACGCUCAAAAUAAGGGCAAAUCAUAGGGGAGAUUUCAGAUCGCGUGUACCACUUGAUUUUGUGAGAGAGUACUUCCACAAGAAACAGGUGACGUUACAGUUUGGGAAUAAAUCAUGGCGGGUAAAACUGGUUGGUGCUGUUCCAACAAAGCUGUCUCAAGGUUGGAGCCCAUUUGCAAAAGAAUGUAAGUUGCAACCUGGAAAUGUUUGCGUCUUUGAGUUAACAAACGAAGAAGAUUUAGUACUUGAUGUUCAUAUUUUUAGGGGACAAUCUUAGAGAAUUCAUUUGAAGCAUUUAUUGUAAAAUUGCCCAUUCA